CCGCGCUGGGUGGCGGAACUCCGCGCAACUCCCUCGGCUCCCCAAACCGGGAUCCUUUCUCCCUAGAGUUUGCGAGCAACUUUCCCCUUCGUCCCCGGCGCUGCGGUGGCUCGGAGCCGUGGCCGCCGCAGGUUGCUGUACCCAGGGCUCCGCUCCCCGAGCCUCAGCUUCUCGCUCACGUAGGUCGUUCCCUUCGAGGUGCACACUGGGGGUCCCCGACCUCGAGGCUGAGGGCGAGAUGCCUCUGGGACACAUCAUGAGGCUGGAUCUGGAGAAAAUCGCCCUGGAGUACAUCGUGCCGUGCCUGCACGAGAUCGGCUUCUGCUACCUGGACAACUUCCUGGGCGAGGUGGUGGGUGACUGCGUCCUGGAGCGCGUGAAGCAGCUGGAUCGGGCACAACGAGGAGGGUUGCGAGGCCAUCAGCUUCCUCUUGUCUCUCAUCGACCGGCUGGUCCUGUACUGCGGGAGCCGGCUGGGCAAAUACUAUCUUGGUUUCUCAACGAGGAGGGUUGCGAGGCCAUCAGCUUCCUCUUGUCUCUCAUCGACCGGCUGGUCCUGUACUGCGGGAGCCGGCUGGGCAAAUACUAUGUCAAGGAGAGGUCCAAGGCAAUGGUGGCUUGCUAUCCAGGAAAUGGAACAGGUUAUGUUCGCCAUGUGGACAACCCCAAUGGUGACGGCCGCUGCAUCACCUGCAUCUAUUAUCUGAACAAGAACUGGGAUGCCAAGCUGCACGGUGGGGUCCUGCGAAUAUUUCCAGAAGGGAAAUCAUUCAUUGCAGAUGUGGAACCCAUUUUUGACAGACUCUUGUUCUUCUGGUCAGACCGCAGGAACCCACAUGAAGUCCAGCCUUCCUAUGCAACCAGAUAUGCCAUGACUGUUUGGUACUUUGAUGCUGAAGAAAGGGCAGAAGCCAAGAAGAAAUUCAGGAAUUUAACUAGGAAAACUGAAUCUGCCCUCACUGAAGACUGAGUGUGCACUGAAAUCUGAUGGCCUCCUUCAUUUCGGGAUCAGCUGAAUUCUCUGUAAGAGUUGAGAUGCAAAGAUGGCCUCUUCAGUGACCAUGAAUUACUCCCUACUGCUUGCAUCAUUCACAUCCCUGUAUUGUGUGUGGUACUUCUUGUUUUCUUGCCAGGACUGCAUUGACCUCCAGACACUCUCUUUGCCAGACAUGAGCUCACUUGCUAACUCCAGAAAUGCCUGCAGACAUCUUCGUCGGUCAUUGGUUUAAGGAUAGAUUUGCUGAUAUUGGCUAUCAAAGCAAGAGCCCAGGAGCACAGGAGCGAACCUUACCUGCACUUUAUGUAUUCUUCCUGAUUCGAAAGGAGGAGUUUGCAAAGAAAAAAAGAAAAAAAAGUGGUGACAGAGGACAAAGGCAUUAUUGAAGCCUGAACAGCAGAAAACUGAAAUUUGUGUCAUCUGAACAAUUUCCAGAUACUGUUAAACCAGGGGCUGUUGGGGUUUCUGGAGAAUUACCACAACAUAACAACGUUAUUACCUCUAGAAAGGGCUGCUGUCAUAGUGAUUGAGUUAUAAGUGUCCCAUGGGGUAGGCACUCUUUUUCUUUUCCCACCACUUGGACUUUCUGCCUCAGGCAUAUUUUGCUAAAAUGAUUUUCUGAUUGAGAACGACACCACCACCUAUUCUUUAUGUUCACUUUUUACUGGGAGACUAAUUACUCAGAGGCUAAAACUAGAUAUUAGUUGUUCUGGUUGCUUUGUUGGAAUUUGAAUUUAAAUCAAAGGACAGAAAACUACCUGAUAGUUUAGUGUCAGGCUAAAGUGAAAAACAGUGGAAAACUCCAGGUCUGCUGGUAUACAAUAAACGUGCAUCUUGAAAACUUUGAGAGGGAAGAUGGAGUUGGAAAUGUAGGUGUUCCCAUUUUUUCAGUAUUCCUUUCAAAGAAGCUCGCCUUUCUUUAACAACAACAACAACAAAAAUAGAGUGCUAUGUUUUAAAAAGGAAGUGGAAAUUAAAAAAUUAUCAAAGCUGUUUGAGUUCUUCUGUAUCAUCUGUCCCUAUCAGCUUUUCCUCAGCUGACUUCACUCUUCAGAUCCUCUGUGAUUGGCAGUGUGGCUAGAAUCAUGGGAUUUUCUAGAACUGGGAGGUUCUGCACUGCGCUUUACUGCUGUAGGCUUAUUUCACCACAU